CUUUAUUGGUCAAGAUGGGCGCUGGCAGCAAUUGGCAGUGGGAGAAACUUCAGAUCGGGAUCUCUGGAGAUUGUUGCGCCUCCUAUUGGUGGCGUCGUACGCCUUUACCAAUGGGAUGGCCACAAGCAGCUCAAAUUGGUCGCUCGUACUGUAGUACCACCGAUUGCUCCUUUUUGGAAGUCUUUUUGCGGUCGAACCUCUACCUCUCUCGUGCACCGUACCAGGUCCCGUACGGAGCAGUCGUACUGACGAUCAAGCUAUCGUCGUGGACUUGCGAUGGAAGACACAAACAAAUUGGUGAGGACACAUUGCUGUGGCACGGAUGGCGUUGUAGAAACUUGGUCUAUGACAUUGAAUGAACGAGCCCACCGUAUUCCAACCUGGGUCUCUUGCGCACCGGAGAAGAUAAGGCCGAUCUGGUCGUUGAAACGAAAGACUCCAAUUUGUUCACAUUUCCGUCACUCGUGAGGACAUCCAUGCCAUCUUGAUUGCACAAAUGAAGGAGGACAGGCAGGGAAAGGAUGGAAAGUGGGGCAAGGACAAAGACCAGUGGAAGCGAUCAAGAGCGCCACCAUCAUCCCAAUGCUAUCUCGCCCCAGCGGAUGUGUCCAUGUUUUCUUUUAUAAAAAGUGUGCUAGCUAUCUAGGGACGUGCUCCUUAGUAUUCCCUGCUCUAAUAACUCUGCCGCCUUGAAGCCAGCAUUGCGGACGCACUCCACGCUUCGCGUCAAAGAGAGCUUGAAGGCGCCCAAAUUUUAAAGGACAGCCGAUGGGAGCCACUUCGCCUUGGCAUCCAGCAUUGUGCAACAAACGAAUCCUGAAGGAUUAGUUAUCAGAUCGAUCAAUCAACAUGGAAGUAGCAAUCCCAUCAUAUCCAACACUGGGCAAUCCAGUUUCCUCUCUUGGGAAUGAAAAUGUUGAGAAUUUGGAUCCUGGCGAAGAUGGCAUUGUUGAGAUUUACACUUCUUUGAUUCAGCAGUAUCUCUCUGUCAUGUGUGUUGACAAUGCCAUUUUCUUAGCAGAGCGCUUUGUGGCAUGCAAGAAGUCCAAUGACUCUCAGUAUUUGCUAGCUCUCUGCCAUCAUCGAUCUGGUGCACCCAAGCGGGCUCUUGGAGUAUUGGAAAAUUGCCAAGAUGAUUCGCCCAAAAUUCAAUACUUGGUGGCGAAGUGCUGCUUGGAGCUGGGUGACUAUGGCCGCGCUGAAGAAGCAUUGCUCAAUUUUUCGAGACAAGAAUACCGAAAAUCAAGAGGCAAUAGCCUUCCCUCUGCCGCCGACAAUUCACCCGAAGCCAUGGACACUUGGAUCAUCACCACUACCCCCUGCCCCAUUCCAAAUGGUGCUGCUGGUCUCCACAUGUUGGGAAAUAUAUGCCGUGCAUCAAAUCGCAAAAAUAGGGCAAAACAAUACUACAGAAUGUCUCUAAAGUUGGAUCCAUUUCUCUGGUCUAGUUUUGAGUACUUGUGCGAACUUGGUGGUGCUGACGACCUUGAACCACACAGUGUUUUUGGAGUUCAUCCACCUCAAUUUGAGGCUGUCAAACCCCUUCAGGAUCGCAACAUUCUGUCUCCCAGUAGUUUCAUGUUGAAUUCGGUGACACCAGCCAAUGUCCGAUCCUUGCAACAUUCAUUUGGCGCUGGGACACCCUCCACUACACCAGCCGCGGCACUCUUUACUAGUGCCACCACCCGAAAGAAAUUGUCUCAGUUUGAAACUCCCGGAUUGACCCCGAUUCCGGCCAGUACCUCUGUCCUGGGCAUUACUCCAGCAGAUGCAGGUGACUCCAAAGUGCUGAUGCGGGCUGAACAAGUGGCUGCCAGGCGCUACUAUCAACCCUCUCCUGAGACACCACAUACUGCAGAAAUCAGAACCUCGUUGCAAUAUCUUCGUGGCCUAGGACGCCAAGUCGAAACUGAGUCUACUCAUGGCACGGGCGACACUCCUCUGCGCCGAGGAGGUGGCAUGAGAGAACAGAACACAACAGACCAAUCUGCCAUGUCAUCUUCCUUUUCCAGGCAACCAAGAGCUUUGUUCAUGUCCGCAGAUAACAGCACACCGAAAGAAAGUGAUGGCAUCGGUCAACAGCAGUUGUCUGGUUCCGAGGGGAGCCAUGCUUUCAAUGGUGAUUCGAGUGUUCCAGCAACAAGACAGGAAGGCAUUAGGGAAAUCCUAGGAUUGCUGUGCCUCAUUGGAUCAGCUUGGCGAAGGCUGUGCCAGUAUUGCUGUCGGGAAGCUUUGAAGAUCUUCAGUCAGCUGCCCCAAACACAGCAGCAAACCGGGUGGAUCCUCCAUCAACAGGGACGAGCACAUUUUGAGACGAACGACUUUCUAGGUGCAGGUCGUUGCUUGGAGCUUAUGCAAAGCGUGGAGCCAUAUCGCAUGAAAGGUCUGGAUCUGCUCUCCACCGUGUAUUGGCAAUUAAAGAAGGAAGUUGAAUUGGCACAUUUGGCUCAGAAAACAGUUGACUUUGACAAAAGGUGUCCGGAGGCAUGGUGUAUUGUUGGUAAUUGCUUUUCGCUGCAGAAAGAGCAUGAGACAGCCCUGUCAUAUUUCAAGAGAUCCUUGCAGCUAGACCCCACUUUCACAUACUCUCAUACACUUUCUGGAUACGAAUUCACAGCUCAGGAAGAUUUCGACAAGGCAAUUGCUUGCUUCCGGAACGCAAUCAGAUCUGAUGAUCGUCACUACAAUGCAUGGUACGGACUUGGAGCUAUCUAUCAUCGACAGGAGAAGUAUGACCUGGCAGAGUAUCAUUUUGAGAGGGCAGCGUCGAUCAAUCCCCAGAGCUCUGUUUUGCGGUGCAAUUUAGGAAUCUCCCAGUUUUCAAAUGGGAAGGCAUACCAGGCGUUGGCAACACUCGAAGAAGCCUUCCGUCUCGACCCUCGCAACCCACAGGCAAGGUUCCAACGUGCCACUAUCUUUUCUGCCUUGAAUCGCCCUGCUGAAGCAUUGAGUGAAUUGGAGAAGGUUCGCAACGCUGCCCCUCGUGAGGCUACUGUUCACUUUGCAAUUGGCAAAAUGCUGAAGCGAUGCGGAAGGCUGGAAGAAGCAAUGAAAUCUUUCCUUACUGCCAUGGACUUGGAUCCAAAGGACUCCCAACUCAUCAAAAGUGCCAUGGACAAGCUAGAAGAACCAGAUGUAGAUGAAGGUGUUGCUGGUGAACAGUGGUGAACAGGGAUUGGGACCAAAAUAAAACUAGUUAGGUGUCUUUUACUUGUC